GGCUACCUACGUGUAAAACAGGGCAGGUCUGAUCGGGUCUAGAGCAGGAGUCUGACUGGAUCUGCCUCAAAGCUACCGGAGGACGUUGAGCGUGUCUCAUAAGUGUGUCUCAUAAGUGUGUCUCACGUGAAUGAGUGGAUUAUCGACACAAGUGGAAAACUGGAAGACUUGACAAGACUGCGUGCGCGAUUGCAAACUUUUCGACGUGGAUCUCAUGAGGAAGUUUCACACUGCGCGAGCGUUCCACGCCAUGCGGUCUGUUUGCGCUUCUUGGAUCAAACGUGCAUAAAGUAAAGUUUGGAUAUACAGUAAUAUAAGUCUGAGCCCCAAAUCGCUCAAGUGUGCCAGGAGAACAGCUCGCCUCAGAUGAUCGGACUUCCGAAAUGUUGCCACGGCGUCAUGUUUGAGGAGAAGGAGUUUACAGGAAGACUUGCGCCCCUUUGUGGCUACGCGCACAUAUUUCGGGUGUACUGACAACUUCUACAAGACAAGUUUCACUCUUAGUUUGUCCAUGCGACAGUAAAUAGAAACAAAAUGAACACAGUUUGUAUUGACAGGUAAUACCAAACCCCGUUCCCGUUAUCGCGAUAUUUACACCGUGUAACCAUGAGACAUGCUUGACGCAUGUUGUCAAGAACGAUUACGUGUCAGCCUAUUAAUUUCCUCAUUGGCUUACUGUUUUAAAACAGUAAUGUAUCACUUGGUUUUAAAUGACAGAAUGUGUCUGUAAACGACAAAAAGGUUGACAAUCGUAUUUUGGUGUUGUGCAAAUACUCUUUGAAUGUGACACUUUGCAAGUUUUACGUAGUAAAAUGAAGUUUCGGAAGUAUUUCAGGGGCAGUAAAAGGGUUUUGGCAUUUGUGUUUGUCGCCUCUGUUAUCUGGUUACUUUUUGAUAUCGCGGCACUGAGGAUGUCCUUCAACGAUGAAAAUCAGGAUCUCAAAGAGAGAGAGUUGUCUAAGAAUCAGGGAAGAAGGAGAGACAAUAUAGAGGAUAAGGGCUUUAAACAUCCACUGCAAGCCGUAAACAUAGACAAAAGGCCGUUUAUUAAAAAGGGCAGUAGGUUUGAUAGAAAUGUCAUCGAUGUGUACAGAAAGGGGGCGAAGGCAAGACCAGAAACCAAGACUCUUCCACUGAACCAUUUGAAUCCAGUGUUGAAUGUUGGGAAAGCUUAUAAGGAGGACAUCAAUCAAAGCAAUGUGCAUAUAACCAUGAAAUCAGUCGUGAAAGAAACAACUGUCAUCAUCCUAAAAAAAGCAACGAAACGAAUACUAUGUUCAAUGUCAAAGCAAAAAACGUGGCCGAUGAAAGAAACACAUUUAGAUGAUGAAGCAUAUCAUAGGAAUGACACAGUAGUAGUGCCGCAUAGGGAUGUUGGUUUACGUAAGAACCUAGUCAAUAAUUUGCUAAAACUUGGGAGUGAUAAAUCAGACAUCAUUAUUGACAGUACGAAAGCGCAUUCUUCCAACAAAACUAAAACGCAUUUCAUUCAAAAACAAAUUGAACUUAACCUUCACGGGAUAUCAAAGGAAGCAGCACUGCUAUUUAACUCCACCGAUGUAAGGAUGAGAAGAUCAGGACAGCUUCAUAAGAUCAUGGCCCUUGAUGUGACUGACCGGCCCAGAGACCCGGAAGCUAUCGGACAGUUUGGACAUCCUGCAAAGGUCCCCAGAGAUAAAGAACUCGAGAGCCGAAGUCGCUGGAACGAAGGAUAUUUUAACGUGUUCCUGAGUGAUCAGAUACCAGUAGACAGGGCCAUUCCGGACACCAGACCCCCUUUAUGCUCAGAGAGCCUCGUUCAUGAUGACCUUCCCUCUACCAGUGUGAUCUUCUGCUUUGUGGAUGAGGUUUGGUCCACUUUGCUGCGUUCUGUACACAGUGUGCUCAACAGGUCUCCUCCGCACCUGCUGAAGGAGGUCAUUUUGGUGGAUGACUGCAGCACCAAAGACUACCUGAAGGAUCAGCUGGACGUGUACAUGUCUCGGUUUCCUAAAGUACGAAUCGUCCGUCUUAAAGAAAGACAAGGCCUCAUCCGAGCCAGGAUUGCUGGGGCCGAUGUCGCUACAGGUGAAGUCUUGACAUUUCUGGACUCUCAUGUUGAGUGUAACAUAGGAUGGCUGGAGCCGCUUUUAGAAAGAGUUUACAUGGACCACAGAAAAGUUGUCUGUCCCGUUAUUGAGGUCGUCAACGAUAAGGACAUGAGUUAUAUGCUGGUUGAUAAUUUCCAAAGAGGGAUUUUCAAAUGGCCAUUGGUGUUUGGCUGGAGCGCUCUGCCAGAAGAAUAUAUCAGAAAGAAUCAGAUGAAAGAUUCAGACCCCAUCAGGUGUCCUGUUAUGGCAGGUGGUCUUUUCUCUAUAGAUAAGAAAUAUUUUUAUGAACUAGGGACAUAUGACCCAGGCCUGGAUGUGUGGGGAGGUGAAAACAUGGAAAUCUCUUUCAAGAUCUGGAUGUGUGGUGGUGAGAUUGAGAUUAUCCCCUGCUCUCGAGUGGGCCACAUUUUCCGUGGCGAUAACCCUUACAAAUUCCCUAAAGACCGUGUGAAGACGGUUGAAAGGAACUUGGCCAGGGUAGCAGAGGUGUGGUUGGAUGAAUAUAAAGAGAUCUUCUACAGUCAUGGCUACCAUCACCUGCUGGACAAGAGCAUAAUUGAUAUAGGGAAUUUGACGGAGCAGAUUAAACUAAGAGAAAAUCUCAAAUGCAAGAGCUUUAAAUGGUACCUGGACAAUGUCUACCCAGAUCUUAAUGCCCCUUUGGUCAAUGCAGAUGGGCUGAUAUUUAACGUUGGGACCAGAAAAUGUUUGAUCUUUCAAAAUGGCAUUCUGUCUUUUGAUAAAUGUGAUCUAUCAAACAAGAGUCAGCACUUUAGUUACACCUGGUUAAGGCUCCUUCGACACAACACUUCCUGUGUGGCUCCCCGCGAUAUGCACGUGACCAUGGAACCAUGUGACAACGCCAAGCCACACCUACGCUGGGGGCACAAGUCUAGUGCAGGUUUGACGGAACAUCUGAUGAUGGAGAGACGUUCCCAACCCAUGUGUCUGGAGGCUGAUAAUAAUAGUGAUGGCAUACUCCUGAAAGGCUGUGAUCCCAUCAACACUCUACAAAAAUGGCAGUUCACACACUACUACACUCAGUGAUGUACUUAAAAUAUCACUUCUUCAGCACCAACAGCACUCACUGUCACAGACAUCAGGGUUUUUUGGGGUUAUUUAAUGUUCUUUUCUUGUUUGUAAAGUUAAGGAUGUUUGUAUAAUUGUGGUACGGUCAAAAAUAUUUGGGUUUUUGGACAGAAGGGCUUCAGUGGCCUGUAUCUCGAAGCGAGGAGAACAAACGCUGAGUUGAAGAGUAAGUUUUGAGUUGACAAAACCAGACAAACCAGCUGUAGCACAACGCUGGGUAUAAACAUUCUCUGUCAACUCCGGUUUGAUCCAGAGUUUGUGAGGCUCUUGCACCUGAAGGUGUGACGGAACAUGGAAAGCACCAUCAGUUUGAUUGACUUUUCGCGAGGAUCAGCCCAAUUCACUUUUCUGUUUAAGAUGAAGAGAUCAUUAUGAAAAAAUGUCAUGAACUGAAACACUUUUACAGGGCAGGAAUAAACACUGCUCCUGUGAAUGUUUGAGAAGGCAGCUACUGACAUAUCAAUGCAGAAUCAACUGAAUUUAAAUUAUUUAUAUAGGUUUACAAAUCUAAAGAUAACAUGAAUGCUUCAUUACUUUAAAAAGCUUUGUAUGUUAAAGCUAAUAUAGUGCUGUGUUGAUUAAUAAAUCAAUAUUAAUUAUCAACUCAUAUAAAAAUUAUUUGAAUGUGUUUUGAAUUAUAAUUAUUAAAUGUAAAUUUACAAUACAAAUAAGCACUAACCAGCAAAAGAUUUCUCUCUAACCUCUUUUGCUUGAAGUUUUCUUUUUAAGGGGUAGAUAGGCAGGAAGUGGCUUCAUAUACAUCACUUUUCUCAGAGUUGAUAAGUCAAAUUUUGGUUUGCGAUCUCUUACCCAGAAUAAGACCAGCUCCGGAGCAGGUUAGCCGUUUAGCCAAAGUUAUCAUGGCGAGGAAACCCGCUCAAAAUUAAUCCACUUGAGUAUGCGCAAACUUACCUGGGUAAAAAACCAAACGGGUUUUGUGAUACAGGCCACAGGUCUCUCUUGGCUACUUUGUUAUUAGCAUCUUGGUGUAAGGGUAAGAUGUCUUUGGGUGUGUAUAAAUAAAAAAUACACAACAUUUUUAUUGAAGUGCAUUUAAAUAUGGUUCGAACAUGGUUAUGUUUGUUUUUAUACAUCAGUGUUGGUGAGUUAAUUCAAUU